UUCCCUUGGAAAUCAAAUUAGAUGAAGGGCUGAAUUUCACAGUUCACAUAGAACCCUCAAUCAUCGACCAAUCACACAUCACAUUCUUUCUCACACCAAAUCAGAUAUUCUCAAUCCCAACUUCCCAACUCUCUGCUCCCAAACCCCGGAAGCAAGAGUUCCACAUAUAUAAGACAAGACACACACACACAACUGCAUCCAAAGCCAAACACAAACAACACAACCCCAUCCUCUCUUCUCUCUCUCACCUCCCGAGAGAGAGAAAGCACGUGCAUAAUAACAUCAUAACAACAUAGCAAUGCCAAUGGCGAAGGAGAGGGAGAAGAAGCUCUUCCUCAUUGGGUCCCUAGGAAACUACGCGGCGGAACUGAAGCUUCUUCUGACCACACUCCUCCUCCUCUGCGGCGUCGCCACCCUCCUCCAGUUCCUCCCUUCACGCUUCACAAUCUCAUCCUCCGAUCUCCGCUUCUGCAUCUCAAGGGUAUCCCACCAACCCCCACCACCACCACCGACGGCAUUACUCUCCACACCCCCUCCACCACUUUCCACACCCCUCUCCUCCAACGGCACCACCAUCAUCAAGCGCUUCUUCAACCCCUACGGCUCCGCGGCCUACAACUUCAUCACCAUGGGCGCCUACCGCGGCGGCCUCAACACGUUCGCCAUCGUGGGCCUAGCGUCCAAGCCCAUCCACGUCUACGCGAAGCCCACCUACGAGUGCGAGUGGGCCCCACUCCCCCCCAACCAAAACUCAACCUCCACAACCGGUUACAAAAUCCUCCCCGACUGGGGCUACGGCCACGUCUACACCGUCGUGGUCGUCAACUGCACGUUCAACCACACCACCCUCAACGCCGACAACGCCGGCGGCAGGCUCAUCCUCCGCGCCUCCACCUCCGGCGGCGGCGACGCCAGCCUCAACACCACCGACACGAUCGAGGUCCUCCACGAAAAACCGGGAACCUUAAACGCCUCGUUGUUCGUGUCGGAACCCAAGUACGAUUACCUGUACUGCGGGUCGUCGCUGUUCGGGGACCUGAACCCGCAGCGCGUGAGGGAGUGGAUAGCGUACCACGUGCGGUUCUUCGGGGUUAAGUCGCACUUCGUGAUACACGACGCGGGUGGGGUCCACGCGGAGGUUCUGGAGGUGCUGAGGCCGUGGAUGGAGCUGGGGUACGUGACGCUGCAGGACAUUAGGGAGCAGGAGAGGUUCGAUGGGUACUACCACAACCAGUUCAUGGUGGUCAAUGAUUGUCUUCAUAGGUACAAGUUCAUGGCCAAGUGGAUGUUCUUCUUUGACGUCGAUGAGUACAUCUAUGUUCCGCCCAAGAGCACCAUCAAGUCUGUGCUCCACUCGCUCUCUCAUUACUCUCAGUUCACCAUUGAACAGAUGCCCAUGAGCAGCAUCAUGUGCCUCCAAGAGGAUUACGGUAAAACUCACAGGAAAUGGGGUUUUGAAAAGCUUGUAUUCAGAGAUAAUAUUAGAGGCAUUCGUAGAGAUCGAAAAUAUGCUGUGCAACCACGGAACCUGUAUGCAACAGGGGUGCACAUGUCACAGGAUCUAGCAGGAAACACAACUCACAAAACUGAAGGUAGGAUCAUGUACUUCCACUAUCAUGGAUCCAUAGCAGAAAGGAACGAAUCAUGUAAAAUACUUGUAAACUCAACGGAAAUCACUCAUGACAAAAUUCCUUAUGUGUUGGACACCACAUUGAGGGACAUUGCUGGGGUAAUCAAGAAAUUUGAGCUCAAGAUGAUUGGAUCAAGGUUGCAGAAGACAAGGCAAUGACAUUCAUCAAAAUAUUACUUCCCUUUUCUCUUGAUGGGGCUUUCCUAAACAGAAAUAUAUUAUAAUUUAACUUGUGGUGGAAGGAUACAAAAAUCACUGAGAGCUUUUUUCCUUUUUUAAUUUCUGUAUUAUAUGUUUUUUUUUUUUUAAUUAUUUGGUACAGAUACAGUUGGGUAUAUGAUCUUGUUUCAUAUUUAA